AUACGAUUAUACUUACUUCUCUGAAUAACUCAAAGUUAAGCUUCCUUCCGCUAGCGCCUUUGAUUGAUAAAAUGUUUUGAUGUUAUUAAAUCAUGGUAAUGCUGCAAAAAGUGAUUGAGGAGAAGCUAAAAUGAUUCUUUAUGAUGGGCAACCGACAGGACAAGUUGAAUGGAGACGCGGAUGAUCUCCAUUUCACGCCAUUCCCUAGAGAUGCACUAAACCGUAGUUUUGAUUCAUUCAAUCGCUUGUUCCCAAGCCGUUCAUCAAUCCGGAAACGUACUCGGAUACAGUUAUCAGAUGAAUUAGCUGAUCAUAAUGAACCAAUGAAAGAUACAUGGCCUGUCCCACUAGUGGAAGCUCUGUUUCUCCCAGAAUUUCCUGUUAAAGGAGAUGUUGAUGAAAAUGAUUUCCAGAUUCUAGAUGUUUUAGGAAGGGGAGCAUUUGGAAAUGUCCUCAGAGUCCGCCUUUUUGAAGACAAGAAGAUUUAUGCCAUGAAGGUUUUGAAUAAAGGUAAAAUUAUGGUUGAUGGAGAUGUUCAGCAAACCAAAGAUGAAGUUACAAUACAAAAUAGACUUGGACAUCAUCCUUUCCUAGUCAAGGUGCAUUAUUUCUGGCAAAAUAAAAAGAAUGUAUACAUAGUGAUGGAUUUUGCAUCCCAUGGGGACUUAUUCUCCCUUUGGAAACAUAUGGGAAACCACUUUUCUGAAGAUCUCAUUAAAAUUUAUGUAGCUGAAAUAGCACUGGCUAUUGAUUUUCUAAAUAAUGCAGGUGUUAUUUACAGAGACUUAAAGAUGGAAAAUAUACUGUUAGACGAAUUAGGUCAUGCCAAAGUUACAGACUUUGGACUGGCUAAAUGGCUGCAGAGAGGCCAGAGAACCAGAACAAUAUGUGGGACUUUGCAAUAUAUGGCCCCUGAGGUGCUACGGAUGCGACCCUAUACCCAUGCUGCAGACUGGUGGACACUUGGCAUUAUGAUGUAUGCUAUGCUGGAUGGCAAUUUUCCAGUAUCUGGUGCUGAAGACCAUAAGGAAAUGUCAGCAUUGUUGAUGAAGUGGGGGCACACUUUUCCAGAUAAUUUCAGUAUUGAUGCCAAAAAUGUACUAAGAGGGCUCCUGUCAAUGGACCAAGAUGUCAGAACUCAAAACUGUGAUACUUUACAAAAAGAGCCGUUUUUCAAAGGCAUGGAGUUUGAGCAAGUUUAUGAUAAGCAGUUUGUUCCAAGUAAUCAUAUCCCAGACUGGAAAGAAUAUGAAAAUAUUGUGAACCCUCCUCUUCCUCCCAUUGAAGAAGUAGAGUUUCCCAACUUUGAGUGGAACAGUGAAAUUCAAGAAGCGGAACCCACAUUCUUGUGAAAAUUUCAGUGUAUGUUAUUCACAACCAGAGACUGUGCUCUAUAUACAAAUAGUAACAGCUUUCUUUCUGGUUCAUUCAUUUGAUCCAGCUUCAUUGAUAUUGAUUGAACAGUGGUCAGGGGUAUUAAACAGGGAUGUGAUUAUGAGGACAUUUCUGGACUUCUGUUGUUUUUUUUUUACCCAGUCACAUUAACAUUCAUUCAUAUUCAUUUUUAUUCAUUAGGCCAGGAGAAGAGUUAAAACUAUGCAACAGUAUAUUUAAAAUGAAUCAGUUGAAAAAAAUGUUGGCUAGCAGACAUGAAAAAAAUACUGACAUAAGUCAAAGGUGGGGAAGUUCUAAAUGUUGCAUUUUAACGCUACUAGAUUAACCUACAUGAGUUGACUUCCUGCACUGUAGCCACCAUUGAAUGUUACUCAGAAAUGGCAGUGCUGGAUACAUGUGAAAUGUAUCAUACUUAGUAUAUAGUAGCAAGACAAGAGUAAGGAGUAUGUUCUCUUCCAAUUAUAAAUACACUCAAUCAUGUAGAUUUUUCUUAUAAAUUGAUGAAAAGAUUUCAUUUUAAAACUAUUUUAAAGUUAGUUUUAUUUAUUCUUUAAAAUUAAAUUUUGUAAUUUUUUAUGUGGACUGUACAUUGCAUGUACUGGUAUCAUAUAACUUGUUUAUUUACACAGUAAAUGAGUAUUUUAAUUGAUAUCAUUUACUAUUUUAUGUUUAAUGCAUCUUAUUAAACUUUUACACAUGUAUCAAUAAAGCCAUUCAAUUCAGCAAUCCAAGUGAAAAGAGUAUUAGACAUAAACUCUGACAUCAGCAAUUUACUAGUUUCUGGUGUUUUUAAGAGAAGUUUUUUUUUUUUUUUUUUUUUUUUU